GGAAUUACCCAGCUCCCGUCCCUCUCCCAGCCCUGCCGCUGCAACAUUUAUUGCAAAAGCAGGAAAUUGCUUAUUACUAAACUAGCUGGCAAGGGAGCGGGAGCCGAUGCUGUUCCACACUGGCACAGCACUUGCUUAGCUGCUGCUUUCCCUGCCUCUCCUUGUUCCGCUCUUUCUUCUUCUUCUUCCCCCUCUUUCUCUCUCUCCUCUCUCUCUCUCCUCUUCUUUUUUUCAUUUUGGCUUCUAUUCAAAUGUGGGUCAGGGGUGAGCGGCUCCCAACGUCACAAGCUUGCAAGAUGGCGCUGGGAGGAAGGCUGUGAGAUGAGGAACAGGCUGGUAUAAACCGAGAGGACAGGAGAGGGAGAGGAGGAGGAGAGGGGCAGGGGAAGCCAAGCUGCUGCUCCAGAUGCAAUAAGAAGCGCCUGGUUCUCCAUUCUGCAUCCGUGCAGCCACGUUCUAUUGAUGGCCUGUUGUGAUUUCAAUGGAACAUCAUGGGAUGUACCUGGCACGUCGGGCAGCACUGGAUGGAGGUGCCUUUAGCCCAAUGUACCUGGCAUGUACGGUUAGUGCACUGCUCAGGUGCUCGGUGUCUAGCCUUCUCAUCCAUCCACAAAUCCUCUACGUGAAAUGAGUGAUUCCUUAGAUCUGUUUUUGAUUGAUUCUUUGCUUCACUGGUGUUGCUUCUUAAAAGGUGGUAAAGUGAAGGUGAAAGGAAGAGAAGGUGGAGAUGGAACUGCCAAAUCAUGCCAAACAACUGCUACUGCAGCUGAACCAGCAACGAGCCAAAGGUUUCCUCUGUGAUGUGAUCAUUGUGGUAGAAAAUGCCCUGUUUCGUGCCCAUAAGAACAUCCUGGCAGCCAGCAGCAUGUAUUUCAAAUCCCUCGUCCUGCAUGACAACCUGAUUAACUUAGACACGGACAUGGUGAACCCCACCGUGUUCCGGCAGAUCUUGGACUUUAUUUAUACUGGUAAGCUCUUAUCGACUGACCAGCCCGGUGAACAGAACUUCAAUGCUCUCCUCACCGCAGCAAGCUACCUCCAACUGCAUGACCUGGCAGCUCUCUGCAGAAAGAAGCUGAAGCGGAACGGCAAGUCCUUUGCUGGCAAGGCCGGUGGCCUCGGGGUCGGGAGAUCUGCCAGGAGUCAGAGACUUUCCACCGCUUCGGUCAUCCAAGCUCGCUAUUCAGGGUCAAAUGAGGGGAUGAAGGGCUCGCACUCAAAGGAGCUGUCAAAGGGAAAGCUCUCUGAUGACGAGGUCUUCAUCAGCAGCUCCAACCAAGAGAACUGUCACUCCUUAAGCAGGGGAGCCAGUAAGAACGGCGGUGGGGGCGGCAGUGCCAACGGGAGCACCGGCGACCAGGAGCUAGGCCUCGAUCUGUCCAAAAAAAGCCCGUCGCUCCCUGUUGCAGCCUCCCACGAUGACACGCAGCACAGCGAAAGCCAGCACGGCUCUCCCCAAUCUGCCUCAGCCCCCGCAGCCAACAGUGCCUCAUCGUUCGACGAGUCUGGAGUCGGAGCCCCUCACAGCAUGGCGGACAGCAGCGACCCCAUGGAGAUGGAUCUGAGCGAGGAGUGCCACCACUCGCUGACGGAGAGCAGCCAGCGCAAGGGCCUCCGGCACUCGUCCCGCAAGAAGGAGUGGAUCAAGAAAGACAGCGCCUUCGACCGAAAGGAGGGGAGCAAGGACAGGGACGAGGGCGAAGGGCUGCCCAACGGUAUCCUGCUGGGGCCCUUGUCCAAAUCUGUAGAGCGGAGCCUGGCCGGAGCCUAUGGCGCAGACCUGCCCUACGCGUGUAAGGAGGAGGUGGAAAACGGGAAGGAGAACAGCGAUGACAGCGGCCAGAGCGAGAGCGAGAGCGGCGGGCACACCAGUGCCAACUACGUCUACCGGCAGGAGGGGUUUGAGCCAGUGGCCUACGGUGACAACCUGUACGUCUGCAUCCCCUGUGGCAAAGGCUUCCCCAGCUCCGAGCAGCUGAACGCCCACGUGGAGACGCACACCGAGGAAGACCUUUACAUCAAGGAGGAAGGCACGUACGGCAGCAAGGAUGAAGCUGAGGAUUUGUCCAACCCCAACCAGUCCUACGCCGCGGAGUCCCGGCCCUUCAAGUGCUCGGUGUGUGAGAAGAGCUACAAGGAUCCAGCUACGCUGCGGCAGCAUGAGAAGACUCACUGGCUGACACGGCCCUUCCCUUGCAACAUCUGCGGCAAGAUGUUCACGCAGCGGGGCACCAUGACACGGCACAUGCGCAGCCACUUGGGGCUCAAGCCCUUUGCUUGCGAGGAAUGCGGGAUGCGCUUUACCCGGCAGUACCGACUGACAGAGCAUAUGCGUGUCCACUCAGGAGAAAAACCUUACGAAUGUCAACUGUGUGGUGGGAAAUUCACCCAGCAGCGCAAUCUGAUCAGCCACCUGCGAAUGCAUACCUCUCCCACAUAAGCCAAAGACUCCAGAAUGAGCUUCGAGCCCAUCCGCAGUGAUUUACCUUUCUGUAGACUUGCUGCUUAAAAAAAAAAAAAAAAGAAAAAAAGAAAAAAAGAAAAAAAAAAAAAAAAACAAAGAAAAAAGGGGGCAGCUCCCCACACUCUGUUCAGUCAUGGGAGGCCUAAACAAAUGUAGCUUUAACAUUUAAAAAAAAAAAGUUCAUUUUUUCCCUUUUUUUUAAAAAAAGAAAGGUCCACAGCCAAGCUGAUGCGUUUAGUCCAACUCUCCCUCCAAAUCUUGGUGAUCUGGCAAGAAAUGCCACUUCUUUUUGAGCACGUUGACUUCUUUGCCAUAUUGAUUACCUGCGGCGGGAAGGAGGAGAAGGAGGACUGUGGGGGAACUUUUGACCUCCGCUGGCUGCCUCCUCCCUGCCUCGUUCCUUUGUGUUGCCAUCACCCUACUCACGUCCUCUUUGAACACCAAUCUCAGUAGGGGUAUUUCUUGCCAUUAAAG